GGGUGCAUGUGUGUGUUGUGGGUUAAACGCCGCUGCUGCGGUGCAGAGUGAAUGAAGAUGGCGAUGAGAGCAGCGCUGCGGUGUCUCUCUGGAAACUUUCCUCCCAGGCUGUGCAGACUCUCGCCCCCAGCGCUGGUUCCAGCCACUCGGCUGCUCUACGGGAACAGGAGCGGCUGCUGGCGGACUUUCAGCACCACUUCGGUCCACUGCAAAGCCCUCAAGUUUACUGAGAAGCAUGAGUGGGUGCUGGUAGAGAGUGGAAUCAGCACUGUGGGUAUCAGCAACUACGCUCAGGAAGCCUUAGGCGAUGUGGUUUACUGCGGGCUUCCUGAGGUCGGCCAAAGACUUGAACAAAUGGAUGAGUUUGGUGCCUUGGAAAGUGUAAAGGCUGCCAGUGAGCUGUACUCACCGUUAACAGGGGAAGUGACAGCAAUCAAUACGGAGCUAGCCGAGAACCCAGGACUUGUCAAUAAGUCCUGCUAUGCAGACGGAUGGCUGAUCAAGAUGACCAUUGAAAAGCCUGAAGAACUUGAAAAGCUCAUAGACCAACCUGCUUAUGAUAAAUUUAUUAAAUCACUGGAAGAAUAAUAAUAAUAAAAAAAUCUCACUAAGAUGACUUGCUAUAUAACUGAAGUCAAGAAUUAGCAGAUAGAUUUAACUGGAAUUCUUUGUGGUAUUUUUUUCUUUCUUUUAUGAACACUUGAAAGUGUGCUUUAUAAUUUUAAAUACCCUGUAACAUUUUCCAUGUUAAAGGUACAUUUUUUUUUACAUCACCAGUAAAUCUGAAGGGCUCUUGUGCAUAGAAUCUGUCAGUAUUUUUGCUCUAUUUUUAAUAGCAGGCAAAUGUGUUAAAACACUAGAACGUUAUGUUUAUAAUUCAUUGAAUAAAACAUUUGGAAGUUUUUGAGUAUCA